GCGGGACGGGGCGUGUGUAAGAUGGCGGCGGUCGGGGCGUGGGGCUCCGCGGUGGCGCCCGCGCGGCUGUCGCGCGUGGCGCGAGCGCUGUGGGCCUGGCGCGCGCGGCGGUGUCUCGGGCAGGACGCGGGGGCCGCGGACGGAGGAAAGGCCGCCAAGCCUGCCUUUGCGGAUGAAGCGGUUCAAAAUCUGCUCUACAAAAUGACGGGGCUCAACCUGCAGAAGGUUUUUAGGCCGGUGAAAAAGGAGCUUAAGCCGCCCAAGUACAAGCUAAUGACAGAAGCUCAGCUGGAAGAGGCCACAAGAAAAGCCAUUGAGGAAGCUAAAGAAAAACUAAUCAUGCCCCCUGUUUUGAAUGAACGAGAGCCAAUUGAUGAUGUCUUAGCAGAAGACAAAUUCCUCGAAGGAACUGAAAGUACAAAAUAUGUGUUUACAGAUUUAACUUACUCAAUUCCACAUCGUGAACGUUUCAUUGUAGUUAGAGAACCAAACGGUGUUUUACGCAAAGCGACCUGGGAAGAACGAGACAGAAUGAUACAGAUAUUCUUCCCAAAAGAAGGGCGCAGAGUUAUUCCCCCAGUCAUAUUCAAGGAUGAACACCUUGUGACUGUGUUUCAGCAAGACCGUCAUGAAGAUAUCCUUAACAUGUGCAUUGCUCAGUUUGAGCCAGAUUCACCUGACUAUAUCAGAGUUCAUCAUCGGACAUAUGAUGACAUUGAGAAACAUGCCAAAUAUGAUCUGCUCCGUUCAACAAGACACUUUGGAGGAAUGGUGUGGUAUCUAGUAAACAAAAAGAAAACAGAUGGCUUACUAAUAGAUAUGAUCCACAGAGACUUGUUGCCAUUGCAAUAGAUGACGGGAUGCCUGUUUAGGUGUAUAUUCUAAUGACUGUAUACUCAGUGAAAGCAGAAGUUUAUGAAAGCCUGUGGUGUGCAAAGUAUACCACAAAAGUACACUUUCUCCAAAUACUCUAAUUAUUAAGAGAAAGUAAUUGCUGCAAAUGGGCGUUUAUUUGUUUAGGCUGGAUGACACUACAAGUUUGAUUACACUGUAUCAUAUGGUUCAUCCUGAAUGUCAAUCAGCAGAAGAAGCUAAAGAAGGGAAACUUCAAGGAGUUGAUCUGAUCAAGGUAUGCUUUUCUACUUCAAGGCUACUUAACUACAGAAGA